AUGGCUCCCCAUGCCCAAGAGAACGCCAACGGCUCCUUGAACGGGUCGGUGCAGACGUGCAAGCCCUCCCUUUUCUCCGUCGACUCUCCAAAUGUUGUUUACUCGGAUGAGGAGAUCAAAACGAGGUAUGUAUACCGCACUACUGCCGUCACUCGUGGUGCAGAUGGUACGUAUGUUGCCUCUCCCAAGGAGUCUGCCUAUGACUUCAAGGUUGACCGCAAGGUCGGCAAGGUCGGCAUGAUGCUUGUUGGCUGGGGUGGAAACAACGGUACCACCGUUACGGCUGGUAUACUUGCCAACCGUCGUGGUCUCGUUUGGGAGACGCGCGAGGGCAAGCGUACCGCGAACUACUACGGCUCCGUCAUCAUGGGUUCCACCGUCAAGCUGGGUACCGAUCCGGAAACCGCUUCGGACGUCAACAUUCCCUUCCACGACAUGUUGCCCAUGGUCCAUCCCAAUGACCUGGUCAUUGGAGGUUGGGACAUCAGUGGCAUGAACCUCGCUGAUGCCAUGGACCGCGCUCAAGUUCUUGAGCCGUCCCUGAAGCAGCUGGUUCGCAAAGAUAUGGCUAAGAUGAAGCCACUGCCAAGUAUUUACUAUCCCGAUUUCAUCGCUGCCAAUCAGGAGGAUCGUGCCGACAACGUCGUUGAGGGCUCCAAGGCCUCGUGGGCUCACAUCGAGAAAAUCCGGCAGGAUAUUCGUGAAUUCAAGUCUGCGAAUGGAUUGGAUAAGGUCGUCAUUAUGUGGACCGCCAAUACUGAGCGUUAUGCAGACAUUAUCCCCGGCGUGAAUGACACCCCGGAGAACCUCCUCCAGGCCAUCAAGGACGGCCAUGAGGAAGUUUCUCCCUCAACCGUUUUCGCGGUUGCGUCCAUCUUGGAAAAUGCUCCCUUCAUCAAUGGCUCUCCACAGAACACCUUUGUUCCCGGAGCUGUCAAGCUUGCUGAGCAACACGAAGCCUUCAUUGGUGGAGAUGACUUCAAAUCAGGCCAGACCAAGAUGAAGUCCAGCCUUGUCGAUUUUUUGAUCAACGCUGGAAUCAAGCUUACUUCCAUAGCAAGCUACAACCACCUGGGUAACAACGAUGGCAAGAACUUGAGUUCCCACAAGCAAUUCCGCUCCAAGGAAAUCUCCAAGUCCAACGUCGUGGACGAUAUGGUUGCCGCCAACUCCAUUCUGUAUAAGAAGGAUGAACACCCAAAUCAUACCGUGGUAAUCAAGUAUAUGCCAGCUGUCGGAGACAACAAGCGUGCACUUGACGAGUACUACGCUGAGAUCUUUAUGGGAGGCCACCAGACCAUCAGCAUGUUCAACGUUUGCGAGGACUCCCUUCUCGCCUCUCCGCUGAUCAUCGACUUGGUCAUCAUCGCCGAACUCAUGACUCGUGUUACCUGGAAACCCGCCGAUGGCGGUAAGUACAAGGGCUUCCACAGCGUUCUCAGCGUUCUGAGCUAUAUGCUUAAGGCCCCAAUGACCCCACCAGGAACUCCAGUGGUAAACUCUUUGAGCAAGCAGCGCGCCGCUAUCACCAACAUCUUCCGUGCCUGCGUUGGCUUGCAGCCAGAGUCUGAUAUGACUCUUGAGCAUAAGCUUAUUUAA